UCAGCAACAAAGCUAUAUCACGGCCAACCUUUCGGGGUGAAACAAAGGAUAGGACGUCACUUCAUGGACGUGUAGUGAUAUCAGUUCGUGGUCACUUUGCGCGUCGAGUUCCAGCCAGCAGUAAAGAUCUGUCCUGGUGAUGUGUUUGUGAUCUCGUUUUGUUCGUGUUUUUUUUUUUUUUUUUUUUUUUUUUAAAUACGUGUGCGCGCGCACAUCCACUAUGUGGUCAUCAUGGCACGCAACUUCGAAGUCUAUUGUGCUAAAAUUUAAGGAAAGAUGAAAACAGAAAUAACAACUGUUUUAAAACGAGAACUUAUUGCCAAGUAUUAGAGUAGGGUAUUCGACAAACUAAAAUACAGUAUGCACAUGCGUGUUAAAAUUAGACCUUUGUCGGGCAAAAAUAAAGUUGUGUCCUAGUAAGUUUGUUCCAACAAAACUAAUGACAAACUCUGAGGAAGUGGUUAUUUUGAUGUGUUACUCCAAGCCAGCCAAUAAGCAAAUACCGACCCUGUUUACAGUUGUGGCAUGUACGAACACUGCUCACAACACGUGCCUCGGCUCACUGUGUCACAUACACACGGCCAGCCACGCGCCUGAAUUAUCCGUCCGCAGGCACUUCGAGACGCGGAUGAGAAAAGAGACCUUGUGACCCCAGUGUGACAGCUGGCCGCCCAGCUGCGACAUAAGAGGCGUAUCCGGCACUGGAGGCCGCCACUCGCCUCCGUCUCCUUGACGCACCGCCAGCUCGCUGCACGUCGCACUGGGCCAGGACUAAGUCGGUGGGUGAAUAGCUUUCAGUCCUGCGAGUUAGAGAAGGAUAUGUCCAGGUAACGACUCAGUGGUCCAUGACCGAACCUUCUCCAAGGUCUUUUCAAACGACGACGAAUGCUGUUUGUGUGUGUAGACAGGCGCUUGUGAGAUUGCAUGUUAGCAGUCUGAGGUGUAGUUUUUAUCCUGUCACGUGACAGCACGCCUACCAGGAAGUGUACAUCCAGUUCGUCGUCGUCCUCCUUCUCGGAACGUCUCACUUUCGUCUUCAUUCAGCUCUCUUGACAUGCAUAGACGGGCGCCUUAACACAAAAUUCCGGCAUACCUGGGCUAUCAGCGACCGUGGCCUAGGACUCUCUACAGUCAUGGAUCCCAUAAUAGUAGAACCGAAAAAAUGACCUUCACAGCUUUGUUGCGAUCGUAUCAGAUCCUUGCAUGGUGGCGAAGUGUAAUCUGUUCACCCUGCUUCCAUCAGUGGGACAGAUUUCCUAUCUUGACGAAGUGAGCAUAGUGUCAGCUCCUGCAGAAGUUCCGGCUACUAUAAGCCAACUAGUCAUGAGUGUGUCACAUCCAAUAAUUUCGACCACCAGGUAGUCGUCUGUCAUCUUCAAAAGUUGACAGAGACCUCGUAUUUCGACGCCUUGAAAUACACAGGUGGCAUGGUUCGUCCAACGCGGGUUCGUUCUCCGACAGCUUGAAAGGUUGAUGUAAAAAUAUGGGAGCUAACCAAGGCAUUCAAGAAUCCGAUGGAAAAAAACUUCAUCUAGCCAGCCGCAAGGGAGACGCUCGACUAACCCGGAGAUUGCUUUUGAACGGCGUCGAUCCCGAUGCAUGGGACAAGCUCCUUAGAACUCCUCUCCAUCACGCCUGCGCCGAGGGUCAUGUGACUACUGCUCGCAUUCUCAUUGGCCACGGUGCAUCAACUUCUGCUAUUGAUCAAAAUGGGUGGACACCACUGCACUACGCCUGUCAUAAAGGUCAAAGGUCGGUGGUGAACAUGCUGCUGGAGCACUACAAAGAAGGCUGUCAAAAGCAGGCUGGAGUGGACAAGACACUUGGAAAGGGCUCGGCAGCUCCGGAUGACAGCAACCCGUGUCAACCUGAAUGUGAACCCUUGACGUUUAAUUCGUCUUCCUCAGAACCAAGGCACAGCAUCGUCUUGGACGCAUGCAGCAUGCAGUUAGUCACCGCUAAGCAGGACUACAUAAACCAAAAGACAUCAGACGGAUGGACUCCUCUCCACAGCGCUUGCUGUUAUGGCGAUGCUGAGAUCGUCAGAGAACUACUUAGCUACGGCGCCUCGACGCGCGCUUUUGACAUCGAUGGACGCACGCCUCUGCACGUGGCUUGCCAGAAGGGCCACAAGGAAGUGGUGGACAUUCUUUUAAGGGAGAAGUGCUGUUAUGAAGAGAGAAUGGUAGACACGAUCAACGUUCAUGGCUGGUCGCCGCUUCACUAUGCUAGUUUUUAUGGUCACCUGGACAUCAUCGAGGCACUGAUUCUGUGUGGUUCGUCUGUCAAUGCUCAAACUAUGGAAGGCGCGACGUCUCUACAUUUAUCGUGCGAAAGAGGUCACCUGGAUGUGGUGCUCGUUCUUUUGAAAAACGGCGCGUCACUCCAGACGCCAGACGCUCACGGCCGAACGCCACUGCACUGCGCAUGCACUGAUCGCGCUGGACACGUGGACGUGGUCCAGAUGCUGCUGAGGCAGCGGCUGGAAAUGAACGCCUCGGACGAGCUAGGACAUACGCCACUGCACUACGCUUGCAGCAACGGCCAUCUUGCCAUCGCGAGGCUGCUUAUUGGGCACGGCGCUUGCGUCGACGCUACUGACCUCCGUGGCUAUGGACCUUUACAUUUCGCUAGCGUGUGGGCUUUGGAUGAGAUGGUGGACCUGCUGGUGGCCGGAAGUGCGAGGACGGAGUGCGCGGCCAGCGACGGCAUCACUCCGUUGCACCUCGCCUGCCACUUCGGCCACCUGCUGGUGGUGCAGAAGCUCCUCACCCACUCCCUGGCUGCUCUUGACGCUAAGGACGCGCACGGCAACACGGCGCUGAUGCUAGCCUGCACAGCCUGCCAUCACCAUGUGGUGUACGAGCUGCUGCAGCGAGGAGCCGACGUCAACGCGGUGAACGACAGUGACAAUACGGCCCUGCUGUGCGCAUGCGCUGAAGGUCAAGUGUCGCUGGUUAAGGUGCUGUGUCAGUAUGGCGCUGACGUCAACCACGUGGACAAUCAGGGGAGGACAGCUCUCAACUGUACCCAGGCGAAGGGAUCUCGCGAGAUAAUCAAGAUGCUCAUAGAGGCGGGCGCUACGGUGUAAACAUGAUGGCGAUCUACAUAGAAUAAAAGUCACAUGAUGUACAUGAUAAUAACGUACAAUUGAUGCUGCAGAGGGUUGAAAGCGGCUCUGAACGAAUGUUUGAUCGUAUUUAUUAAUAAAGCCUUGUCAGAACCUUUGACUUUUGGCAGCUAUAUGAUUUGACUUGGAUGUUUCUGGAGGAAAUGAAAGAACGGUUUAUUUUGAAAUUUCAUGAUAGCAAAUCGAGAGUGAGAGAGAUAGGGA